AUGGUAAUCAAGGAAAAUAUAGUAGAUUUAACGGAAGUAAAAAUGUGGUUUGCUAAUAAUUCCGCCAUAUCAUUGGGUUAUUGUGGUUUAUCAACUUCUAGAACUAUAUUUAAUUCUAAGUGGACUCUUAAAGAAAGAAAACAACGUGAGAAGUUCCAAGCUACGAUUAGAAACAUUUCAGAUUCUAUGACGUUAGCAGCUUUAUGGAAAGAUAGCCGCUCACAUUCAUUCCUUUCUGCCGUAAAAGGUUUGAAAAGUUUUAAAAUUAUACAAACAGCUAAGGGGGAUCGUAAGUUUAUUGGUUAUUUUGAAAAGUGGGUUGAUAUGCGAACAGCAUUAGAUAAUCAAUAUACUUGGGAACAAGUGAACCUGUCUUGAAAUCGACACGUACCUCCAAAGCAACCAACAAGGUCAUAAGGUAAUAAUACCAACAAGAAUCAAAGAACUUCAGGAAGUCAACAGACCCAGAAAAAAUAGCAGAAUUCUUCGAAGAAUUCUAAGAAGAAACCACAAGAGACAAAGUCUGAUAAAAAAUCCAAGAAGGAUAAAAAAGACAAGUCCUGUAAAG